AUGGCAGUACAGAUCGUCGAUAUGCAAUACCAAGCAUCACCCGAAGUCGCCUCCCCGGGUGAGGAAAACCCUCGUUUUCGCGCCAUUCGUGAAGCAAUCGAGCACGCUGCAGCUGUGCAGAACACGAAGUAUGAGUGUAUCGACGGUUUCUCGUUAAGCUACGCAGACGAUGAUUCUGGUGCACGGGAAGACGUGGCUACAUUCGAGCAGAUGUGUCGUGAACUGGGCGCACGAAUCAUCAAGUCUCUCGUACUCACCGUGGGUAUGACACCCUGUGCGAUAGGCGUUUGGUGCGAAUUGGAGAUUACGAAGACGAGACCUAAGUCGAGGAACUUGGUCAUUCUGCAUUACGCGGGCCAUGGUGAAGUCGACCCAUCCAACGGCUCUCUCCGUCUAUGCGCUCGUCAGGGGUCGGACCAGUCGUUUCCCUGGAUGCUCUUUGUGAACCGAUUCGUCGCCCCGCCCUACAUUGUUCCAGACAGAAUGGGCAUGAAGCAAACGGAUGUCCUCGUAAUCCUGGACUGCUGUUAUGCUGGCGCGUGCCCUCGUGGGCUCCCUGAGGCGUCGAGGACUGGGCAUGUCAUCGCUGCUACAGCUGAAUACUCGACUACAAAGUGCAGAAACACAAACUUCAGCUUCACUCAGCAGGUUGCCGGUAUGGUUCGGAGAAUUGGAAGAGAGAAACUAGGUUCUCCGUUCGAGAUUGGAGAUGUGAUGGCGCGAAUAAUCGGCGAAGACGUCAUCUACGGUUUAAAUAUGCGCCCUGUACACGACGUUCUCGACGGCAGAUCUCCCAUUGUCCUUCAUUAUCCGGUAUCGGACAACAGUGACACUUUCUCAGCCACCUACCAGUACGAGAACGUCCCCGCGGGACAGGUGUUAGAUCUAUCUCUUGCAACAACGAAUGCUAGUCUGGAGGGGACGACUCCGAAGGUCGAAGUUCUGUGCGCCAUCCAGUUCGACGGAGACAUAACGGAAGAAAGCUUGAAGAAGUUUGCCACCUGGAUCAACACGUUGGACAGCAGCUUCAAUAUCCAAGUGGAGUACGCGUACGCUGCUGACUCAACCUUUAUGUGUGCCAGAGUUCCCGCCUCGAUCUGGGCUAGGCUUGAAGGGCUCGACGGCUUCCAAUUCCUUAGUUAUAGCUUUGGCCCAGACCCCACUGCACUCUGUACGUGGUCCAUUCUACUCCCCAAACACUGA